AUGGAUGAAUCAUUUGAAAUUUUCGCUCGUAAAGUUUUCGUCGGUGGACUUCCAAUUGAUGUUACGGAAGAUGAAAUAACAUCAACAUUUUCACAAUUUGGUCCGGUGCUUGUUGAUUGGCCACGUCGUCCUGAUAGCGCACGCUACAUGACUGGUUACGUCUUCCUGGUAUUUGAAGAUGAGCGCUCAGUGCAACUGUUGGUGAGCAGAUGUCACAAAGAGGAUGAAAAAUACUACUUGUUUGUUUCUAGUCCAACGAUGCGUGACAAACCGGUACAAGUGCGACCAUGGCGCUUAAAUGAUAUGGAAUUCAUGCUUCGAGAAGACAUGCCUCUGAAUCCACGACGAACUAUUUUCAUAGGUGGUGUGCCUCGACCGACGAAAGCUCGAGAGUUGGCAAGUGUUCUAGAUCAUCUUUAUGGAUCGGUUUGUUAUGUUGGGAUUGAUAUUGAUCCGGAAUUGAAGUAUCCGAAGGGAGCAGCACGAGUUACAUUCACCACUGAACAGUCUUUUAUUGCAGCUAUAAGUGGACGCUUUGUGCAUAUUCCUCAUGCUGAUAUGAGCAAACGGGUGGAAAUAAAACCCUAUGUAAUUGAUGAACAAAUGUGCGAUGAGUGUGAGGGAAUACAGUGCGCUGGUCGCUACGCACCGUAUUUCUGUGGUGAUGUGACCUGCCUGCAGUACUACUGCGAGUCGUGCUGGGACUUUUAUCACUAUGGUGAACAAUCUGAUGAGAGGAAAGCUUCCCACAAACCGUUGGUUCGUAUUGGUGAUCAGACUAAACUUUUGGCUCAUCCACCACAUCAUAAUCACUCAUCAAACAACAAAGUGAUAUCAACCGCAACUGCAGCUGUAGAUUGCUGUCGUCAUAUUGAUACGACAACAUGCUUUGCUGUACGAUGUUCACAGCAUUAUUAA